AUGGAAGAAAUGAAGGAGCGCGCGUGCGAGCUGAAAAGUGCCUCUGAGAGGGAGGACAAGGAGAUCCUGCAGGAGCUGGGGAAAUACUUAGACUCCGUUGUGGCGCACGUGGAGGGCAAGCAGGUCGAAGCCUCCUGCCUGGAGGAGGCCAUACGCGCAGAAAAAGAGGUCCACAAAGUGGCAAGCGAGCUCUUUGAAAAGGCCAAGCAGAAAGUGCACACGGAGGAAGACGUGGACGGACUCCUGGGGGCUGUGGACGUUCUCGUGCACGCGGAGAAAAACAGUGAAUAA